GGGGUCUGGUUAGUGGCCUUGGUCUGAGCUGUUCGGGGAAGUGAUAGGCACCCACUCUGCUCUUUGGAUUGUUUUUUCUUCACAUGUUUGGAUCGACAUUAUGAUGAAAGGGGAAGAUUCAGAGGAGGUAGAGAUCGAUCUGGGGGACUCCAGUGAACAUGAUGAAUUUGAUAAUGGGGAGGAACCUCAGACGCUGUGGAGGGCCCCUCCUGCUCUGGAAGAAGAGGAAAACAUUCACACGUCUACGUUAGUGGAAAUCAGUGACACAAAGCCUCUGCUCAAUGUCAGAGACCCCCGUGGUAUCAAUGACUGCCUCAAGGUGACGUUUGAGGAUGUGAUUGCUGAGCCAGUGUCUGUGCGCAGUGGGGACAGAAUCUGGAUUUGGAGCAAUGCUUUGUUUGAAGUGUGCAGGGUUUGGAUCUACAGGAUAGUCACAGUGCUUCUGGCUAUUCCCAUUUCAAUCAUCUCUGGUCUACUCUUUGCAAUCCUCAGCUGUUUCCACAUCUGGAUGGUUAGUCCCUGUGUCCGGUGUAUGUUUAUUGGUACACGCUGGCUACAGAGCCUGUGGAACAUUGUGAUGGACAUCAUUGGGCGUCCCCUCUUCAUGAGUGCGGGGAAAUGCUGUGGAGGCUUCAGCGUUCAUCUGGCCGAAGAAUGAGACUCACACAGAAGCACAGUCACACUGGGAUUGUUAAUUAUGUGCACAUGUGUUUUUAGUGGACUGAGCACAGGUGGGCAUUGAU